GCCUGACGCCAGCCUGAUAACAGCCUGCACACACUUGUUCUCUUCAUGACUGCAGAGGGACCUCGUCACGCGUGGACGUCGUUGUUUGAAAUAAUUUUUCUUCUUGCAUGUCAUCAUGGGCUGGCUGCUGGCUGGAUGCUGUGCGCUCGCUCUGAUCGGUCUCUCAGAGGCUCUGAGCGUUACCCAGAUUCCCCGGUUCUACGGUGUACAAACCAACCGCAACGUGGGCAUUUUCUGUAUCUUAAGGCCAAAUCUGCCAGCCACCGUGGGUUGGUUCAAGGCCCAUGUGUACGAUGAGGAUCCUAAAGACAGAGUCAAGGUAGAGGGAGAAAGGAUUGGAUUUAAACACCGGGAUCACACCCUAAACUUCCUUCUCAACAUCACAAAUGUGCACGUAGAGGACAGCGCAGUGUACUUCUGCAAGGUCAACAACACGUGGGGGCCCGGAACUCAACUUAUAGUCCUUAAGGCCACAGACCUUUCCAUGGCAAAGUACAGGACCAUGCUGAAGGACGCUCUCAUCUUCAUCCAGGGCCUCCUGCUGGCUGCGGCUGUCGCUGCUAUCCUGCUGCGAGGAAGAAUAGUGUCAGAAAAGACGGAAAUCAUAUAUGAGGAGCCUGAGACUGAUCACAUCUAUGAGGGUUUGGCGAUCGAGAGGUGUGACGGAGGCCUGUAUGAGGAACUGUCGGUGUACGCCCAGGCUGACGAUGCUGAAGCCCCCUGGGAGUGAGCUGACGAACCGCAAACAGUUUCACAACAAGUUCUGAUCACACAUUCAUGGUGAAGUGAAAAAUAACUAUCUUGUGAACACGAUAUCUCAAGAACGCCUUGAGGGAAUUUCUUUAAAUUUGGUGCAGAUGUUCAGUUGAACUCGAGAACGGACUGAUUAGAAUUUGGUGGCCAAAAGGUCAAAGGUCACCUCGUUUUAUUGUGAAUGCAAUAUGUCGGGAACAGCUGAAGAGAAUGGAGCGGCACUGAUUGGGGGAGGUUCCUGUUUUUUUUUUUUACAUAAAUUGAGUUGUGUAUUAUUUCAUGAUGUCUCUUCUGCCAUCGUUCAAUGUUGUACCUGCAGAGGAUGUAAGAACAAACUCACGACAGAAAUCCCCACGAAAAUGUCACCGAUAUGUUUUUGUGUGUCGAAGCCUGAACGAGAAACUGUUCUUGUCCCUUUGAUCUUAUCGUGAUCGUCUGUUUGUCUUUUGUUUUCAGUAACAGGUUCAAAAGUAAUAAACAAAUUAGCAUUUCGCUGGUAA